GGGAAGAAUCGAGAAUGGAACGGCACGUACGCCUUUUUCUCAACAAGCUCUCAUUUGCUUCAAUCGCCAUUGCCUCUCUCACCCUCCUCCUCCUCUUCCUCCAAACCCCACAGACCUGCAUUCCCCCAAAUUCCCCUCCAAAACCCCAUCUCAAAUUCCCCAAAUCCUCCUGCGAUUCCACUCCUCGCCAGAUCCUCUCCGUCGACAAGAAGAACAAGCGCCUCUGGUCCACCAAACUCUGGCACAACAACCUCUCCUCCUUCCUCAAUUUCUUCCACGCCCUUCGCGAUCUAGGGCUUCUCCAUAACCACACCAAAGUCCUCUGUGUUUCCGCCGGCGCUGGCCACGAGGUCAUGGCGCUCUCUCAGAUGGGACUUCUUGAUGUCACUGGCGUCGAAUUGGUUGAUUCGCCUCCUUUGGUAACUCGUGCUGAUCCGCAUAAUUUGCCGUUUUUUGAUCAUGCUUUUGAUUUGGCGUUUUCUGCUCAUUUGGCUGAGGCGUUGUUUCCGUCUCGAUUUGUGUCGGAGAUGGAGAGAACUGUUCGUCCUUUUGGAUCGUGUGUGGUCGUUGUUGAGGAAUGUGGUGAUGAUGAAGUUAGGGAGAUUGUUGGAUUGUUUACGAAAUCGCGAUUUGUAAAUUCCGUCAAUGUUACGUUAACCGGGUUGAAAAUGACUCGGAUUCUAAUGAAAAGAGUUUCUUCUCGGUAGAUUGUUCUUUCGAUUUCUUAAUUUCCGUUUCGAUUUCCAUUUUUGGAUUGUAUGAAAUGAAACCCUGAUUGUACAGAAAUUACAGACGAUAAUUUCCUGAGGUUGAUUUUGUGUA